UUGUGAUUAGAUGAUGAAAACCUUUUCAGUCUGAAAUCAAAACAGAUCGAAAAACCCAAAUUGCAUUUCAAUCAAUUUUUUAAUUAAAUCCAUAAAUAUACAAUCUUCAUAUAGAGUAGUUAUAACGUAAACGUAAUAUAUCGUUAUUAUACCGAAAUACUAUAUGCAUAUAACGUCCGAAUAUAGCCGUGUGAUUUAAAGAGAAUUAUCUCGACUUGCCAAUUUGUUCUAAAAGUGUAAUAGUUCUCAUUUGAUUCGAAUCGAUUGAGUGUCCAAAUAACAUUUUUCGGACCCAAUUUAAUUGUCUUGAUCGUGCUAUUAAUAAUUGGGUGUUGAAUUGUAAUGGAAAUGUGAUAAAUCAAUAUUGGAAAUUUGCAAUGCAUAUGGGUGAUAAUGUAUAGCAAAAUACAUCUAUCACAUAUAGAUACACACACAGAGAGACAUACACACACACUCACUCACACCCGAAACAAAUAAUUGUGAAAUGAACACAAAACAUGCAUAACACCGAUCCUUACACACAUUUGGACAUAAUCAACAGAAAUUAACAACUAGACCCGUUUAUUGCACUGCUAGUCAAUCCAUCAAACAAACAAUGCAAAAAUUCGAAUUGGUCAAAAUGCAAACGUUACGGAAGAAAACUAGCCCUUGCAAGUAUCGAAAUGAUCCAGGUCGAUUUUUUGGUGAUGGUGUCAUUUUCAAGGCAAAGUUAAUCGGAAUUCUUGAAGUGGGAGAGGCUCGUGGUGAUCGGAUGUGCCAAGAAGCAUUGCAGGAUCUAAAAACAGCAAUACGGGCAGCAGGAGAACAUAAACAAAGAAUCACAAUAAAUGUCACCAUUGAUGGAUUACGAUUGCGGGACGAACGUACUGGUGACUCUUUGUACCAUCAUCCAGUACAUAAAAUAUCAUUUAUUGCACAAGAUAUGACCGAUUCCCGGGCAUUUGGCUAUAUAUUUGGUUCGCCCGAAAGUGGCCAUCGAUUUUUUGGCAUUAAAACAGAUAAAGCAGCUAGUCAAGUGGUUCUUGCCAUGCGAGACUUAUUUCAAGUAGUAUUUGAACUAAAGAAAAAAGAAAUCGAAUUGGCGCGCCAACAUAUACAAAGCAAAACGAUCCACGAUCAUCAGCCAGUCACAUUAAAUAUCAAAAAUACAUUAGAUACAUCGCACUCAACUUACACUAAAGAUCAAAGUGAAGCAAGUGCUACAACCAAAUAUGCACAUAAAGAGAUGUCUCCGGAAUCGGUGGCCGAUUUAGUGGAUUUGGAACAAGAGCUAAGCUCAAUUCAACGUGGCAUCACUCAAAUGGAACGAAUUACACCAAUUGAACCGCCUACAAAGAACAUAACGGAAGAUGAUCCAUUCGGCGAUUCAUUUACACAAUAUCCGACCUACAAUUUGUUGCCGCCGCCCGAAUCAACGAAAACACGCCAUUCCAAGCAAUUGAAACCUCCCGAUGAUAAUUACACAUCGACGGCAAUUAUUAGUAGUUCUGUGGAUAGUCUAAAUAAAAAUAAAGCCAAAGCGUCAACGGCCGAUGAUAACAAUUGGUUAAAUUCAAAUGAUGUUAUGAAUUUAGGCAAAACAAAUAACCAAACCAUUGAAAAUGAACAUAGAAACGGACUAAAAUUAAGCAGUAGCAAUUCAAUAACAACUGCUGCCGAUAUCAUUGCAACUGAUGAUAAUCUAAUGCAACUAACAGCGUUAACCGCAUCAUCUGCAUCACAUUAUAGUGAUGCAUUCUCGGAUUUAGAUCCACUUGGAACGGGUAAAAUACGGCCAUACAUCGAUAAAAAGUAUUUUUUCCAAGAUUUAAAGAAUCCACCGAAAAAAGUACUAAAAGAUUUAUCGGACCGUGAUGGAUUUUCCACCAGUUUUCCAUCGGAACUAAAAAGUAUAACCGAUUUUUCGGUAUUUCAAGAAAAAUCAUCGAUUGACGAUCCGCUUCAAAAAAAUAUUCAAGAUGCACGCAAAAAAAGCGAACAAAGUGAUGAAUUUGGAGCACAAUUUUCAUCGAGUACACAAAUAUUUUCACCAAAUAAUAAUGGCACCCAUGGUACACCGCCAAAUUUAUCGCGAUCCGAUAAUGUUCAAUCGUGUUCAAAUCUUGCCAACUCGUUUCCCGGACCAUUCGACAACAACUCAAACAAUAACAAAGUGGAAGAUUCAGCCGAUCCAUUUUCACCGCGCAUGCGAAAUUUCGAUCCAUUUGAAGAUGAAUUCUCGAAACCAUCAAGCACAUUCGAUUUCAGCUUUACCAAAGCCUUUUCAGAAGCCAGUAAACAAACAAAACAUCAAAUUUUCAAUGGACCUCUGCAGCGAACCAAUGGAUUUUACAGAAAAUUCUCUCUAAGCGAUGUACGUCGAUUACAAGAGAGUGAUUCAUACAGUGAGAGUGAAGUAGUUCCAGAGCCACCACCACGCUGUGAAACGAAUUUGCAUUCGGAUCCACCACCGUUGCCGCCGAAAAAACAAUUUUCGGAUAUUGUUAUCAGGCCACGCGUUACAUCGCCUCUUGCGGCGACCCGUGAUUCAUCUCGAUAUGGCGUUCCAAAAUCAAAUCAUGUGAACCGUGAUCAACAGUCAAGUGCAGAAAAUGUACCAUCUCUGCCGUUGCCAUCAAGACGAAUCGGUCGAGCUGAUCCGAGUGCAUCGUACCCUGGACCAAGUCGACCAGAUAAAGAUGUUCCCAUCUUACUCCCUCCACCAAAAACCAAAGGUAGUAUUAAAAAUCGAAGUCGACGAUCCGAAGAGAGUGCAUCGAAUCAAUCAUCGGCGAUCAAAAGUGAUACGGAUAAUACGAAUAUAAAUAAUACAAACGCUACUACAACACCUAUAGUAAAAUCCAUCCCAGAUAUAACGCUAAGUCAAUUAUUAACGCUUGGCAUUGAUGAUCUUGCCUCAAAAUUAAACGUUCCAGCUAGCAAAUUGAAUACUAUGACAAUCGUUGAGCUUACUAAAUACUUGUCUGAUUACAUUGAAAAAUCAUCGCAAAAGAAUUUCAACGUAUCCGAUCCACCAUCAUCACAAUCACCCAGUGUGCCUGUAUCAACGACACCACCACCACCACCACCAUCCGCAUCAUCAUCGUCAGCAAUAGCAACAAAAACUCCACCAUCACAAUUGUCAGAAAUCGGAUCCGUUUCACAACCGGCGCCGCCACUUGAAAAAGCAUCCGAAUCAUCGGCCGUCUUUAAAGUCAGCUUUGAUGAUUCGAACGAUGCCACAUUCAUUGCGAAAUUUGACGAUAAUUUCGGCAUUGAUAAUGAUUUUAUUCCCAAUUUCGAUCAUUUUAAUCAACCGCAUAAUAAAUCAAGCAUUGAUAAAUACGCUGUAUUCCGUGAAAUUAUUGACCAAGAAUUACAAGCGGAAACAACAAAAUCAAACGAUGCCAAGCCAAGCGAUGACAGCAAUGAAAUCAGCUCAGACCCAGAUAGUCCAAUAAAUGAAGUUGAAAAUCUACCAUUAUCAUCGAAAAUCGAUACAAAAAUCACCGAAGCCAUUUCACAAGCAAAAGAUCGUUAUGCCGCUUUGCGUGACAUCAUUUUAGUGGAAGAUUUAUUCGAAAAACCAUCAUCGGGCGAAACACCAAUUGACGAACGAUUGUCUAGCGAAAAUGUUGAUAAUUCAUUGAACGACGAAGAAAUUGUCAAAUCCGAAUUUGAUGUUGCCGAACAUAGUUCGCCAGAUGCAAAUAUUUCGAUCAAUUUAGAAGAUCAAGAAGAUUUAGACCCGUUGAAAACGCUCACCACGCCAACAAUUAGCCAACCAAUUUUAAGCAGCAAAGACGAUUUGGAAAUUGAUGAAUACAUGAAUCGUGCCAUUUCAAAUUUAUCACUCGAUAGUCGUGAUCAUUUAUCACCGUUGUCAAAAUCGACCGGUAUCAAAUCACAAAAUGCAUCUACAUCACCGUUAUCGUUGCAAUAUAAAAAAUCAUCGCCGAUCAAAGGCAUCGAUGAAGAACCAAAUGAAGAUAAUACCAUACGAAAAACAACACUGAAUGAUAUGUCAACAUCACCGAUUCCACUACAAAGUUUGCCAAUUGUUAAAACAGCCACAACCGAAUCAUUUACAAUUUCAAAAUCACCGCUUUCAUUGCUUAAUGAUGAUUCACAACCAAAUCAAGCAGCAUCGAUCACAGCGCCAAGCCCAGUCUCGAAGAAUAAAUUGGCCAAAGAAAUCGCUAAAAAUGGAAACCAAGCGCCAGUCCAAGAAGAAUCCUGGGCCAUAUUUGAAACAGAAAAAGUCGCACAGCCCGAAAUAGGCAGCACAAAAUCACCAAGAGAAGAAACCGAGAAAAUGGUUGCCGAAUCACCGUGCUCAUCCGAUGAUAAGGCUGAUUGGAAAACGGAAAAUAAAAAGUGGCGAGGACAUACAUCGUCGUCUUCCCGUGAUUUGAGUCCAUGGGAUGAUGAUGAAUAUAGAUCCCAUCGUAGUUUGUCCUCGCAUCCAGAUCGACAUGGUUUUUAUAUGCGACAUGCACGCCGAAUGAACUCUUGUGAUGAUGAAUACGAAUACGAGGACGAAAAGUCAAGACGUCGAGAUAGGCGUAAUAAUGGCUCUCAAAAUUGGUAUCAUCCAAAUAAUCAUCGAUCAUGGUCGCCGGCGGAAGAUGAAAAUUGUGAUCAUGGACGGUCAUUUGAUCGGUGUUCAUAUGAAAGAAGCACAUACGGUCCGCCAUAUGAGAAACGAGACUUGAAAUCAAUUGCAUAUUCAUCGGAUCGUCAUCUUUACAAAGGAUACGAUAAGCGAAAAUAUAUGCGUGACUACGGUCGACCAUACGAUAUGGACGAUUACAGCGGCUAUGAUCAGCAAAUGAAGCACGGACGAAAGGGGUACGCUGACGAAGUGUAUGAAAAUUCGUCGAAUUUCAGUAUGCGGACCAAAGGGCCGAAAGAAUAUUUUUACGAACGUGAAAAGCACAGUUUUGAUCGUGAUAGCACCGAAUCAUUCGAAAGCAAUGGACGAAGACGAAAAUCGUUUGGCAGUGGUGGUGAUAUGUGUGGUGGUUUUAACUAUAGAGAACGAUAUUCAUCGGCCGAUCGAAAACGUUCGUUGAGAAAAUCGAAUAAAAAUCAACGGUCCAAUGAAGAGGAAUACGAACAAGAUUCCGAUGGUGAUGCUGCCGUUCAUCGUUUGCCACCGACUGAAACACGAAGUCUACAACGUCGACCAAGAAAAAGUAGCGGAUCAUCGCCAUGGGAUGGAGAAGAUGUCACUCCAACCACAGGUAACCGAUCAUGGAAACGACCAGCAAGUGCAUCCGAAUCGGAAAGAAAGUUGGCCGAAAGUAAUCGACGAUUAAAUCCAGCCAUUUCUGGAUCGGAUGGAGAAAAAGACCGAAGAUUUUUCCGUAAACCACGAAGUCGUGAUCGUGAAGCCGAUAUAAGAAGUAAUUAUGCGACGAUGCGCUAUCCAAGCGCAUCACGGGGCGAUGAUUAUGAAUACGAUGGUGCCGAUUAUGAUGAGGAAGAAGAAGAGCAACAACAAUUUCAUGAUGUGCGACGUAAAGAUCGUCAUGCAACCGAUUAUCGUCGACGAUUUGAACACAAUCGCAACAUUGAGAGUAUGCAUCGCAUUAGCCGAAGCAAUCGUGAUGUAUGCUUUCAAAGUGAAAAGGAUCGUUACGAUAAAUUUGAUUCAUUUGAUCAAGGUUCAAAAGGUGGUGGUAGUCGUUCAUCAUCGCGACGUGAACGUGAUUUUGGCUAUGAAGAUACACCGCAUGCCAGUGGUGGUACGACCAAAUUUGAUUUUGAAUCGGCCGACAAUGGGUUUGAAAGUGAUUUUAAUACGGCACCCGAAAAGAAUUUACGUUUUUCAACUGAUUUUUCCAUUGACAAAACAUCCACAUCGGCCACGCGAUUGAAUCAAAACACACAUUCGAUUCCAAUCCAAUCGAUGGCUAGCAAUUCCGAUAUAAAUUCAACGCCGCCACAGCAAAAAUUACGUUUCGAUGAUAAGAUAACAGUGUCAAAAUUCGAUUUGUUUGAAGAUGAUGAUUUCUCGAAGGCCGAAUUUUCCUUUCAAAAUGAAGAUCAAUGGAUUGAAGAGUUACCGAAAAAGAAUAACUUAAAAAAUGUGACAUCAAUGAAGCAGCGACAUGAUAACAUCAAAAAAUCCGAAUCGGUUAACAUAUUUGCACGUAACAAUGAUGAUCCAUUUGAAGACGAUGACUUUUUCAAUAAAAAAUCAACCGAACAAAAUAACAAUAAUUUCGCAAAAUUCGAAGAUAAUCUCUGAUCUAUUUCGUCAUACAAGCACCCCAAUAAUUUGGAUCGUUUAAAUGGUAAAAUCAAGCGUUCGACAAACAAUCUACUACAAAACAUGAUAACGAUCAAAUUUUCAAUUAAAAACUUGAUAACCUAUAACGUGAAAUAUUGACAAAUGCUUUAAACGAUCAAUCACAUUUUGAGCAGCCUGCAUACACGAGUCAUAUGCACUUUCUAUCGGAAUGAAAAUUCCUUAAAAAAAACUAUAGUAAAUUGGUGGGAAAAAAAGAAAAGAAAAAUUGUAACAAAAAAAAUCUUAAAGUCAAAACUCAUAAUAAUAUUUAUAAACAAAAUAGUGGAACUAACAAAAAUCGAGUGAAAAAAAACAUAUUUAUGAUCAUUAUUAGACAGCUGUAAAAGAUCAAUUUGUUUUCGGUUGAAAAUUUAUCAAAAUAAUUGCAAUAUAUACAAUUUUAGAAAAUUAAUUUUUUGGGCGCAGUAUUCAGUAGUUGAGUCAAAAAGUCUGUGUAUUUAUCGUUAGAUAUUCAAUGAGAUUUUCCUAUAUGAUGGCACAAAACGCUAUGAUACUCAAAAAUAGAACACAAAGAAACAAAAAAAUACUAUGCAUUUUUAUCAUGUGAAUAUAAACAAA